ACAAGCUGGUCACCACUGACUUUCGAUGUUUCUCGGUAGAAACCAUUAAAAAUAUAGAAACUAUAAUUAACAACUAAUCAAUUAUUAUAAUUAUUUUCCUCCCAAACUAACUUUGUGGAGAUCUAUCGGACUCACCGGAGAAGAAACCAAUUUUCCUUCCCUCCUUCCGUUUAUGACGAAGAAGAGAUAAAGAGAGAAAGGGGAUGAUAGAUAUUUAUUAUUAUUCUUUUUAUAUAUAAAGAUAAUAAUAAUUGUUUGAUGGGCAAUACAUGCCGUGGAUCUUUGAAAGGAAAAUAUAUCGAGGGCUUCCCACAGCCCGAAUCAGACAAUUCCAAUUCCAAUUCCAAACGUGAUUCACCCAGAGUCAAUCGUCCACCACCACCCUUCAACUUCACCUCCACCGCCAUGCGUCGAACCGCCGAUAACCAGACUUAUUAUGUCUUGGGCCAUAAGACUCCCAACAUACGUGAUAUAUAUACUCUUGGCCGAAAGCUCGGUCAAGGUCAAUUCGGUACUACUUUUCUGGCUCUUGACAAUUCCACCUCUAUUGAGUAUGCUUGCAAAUCUAUUUCCAAGAGGAAACUUAUUUCCAAAGAGGAUGUCGAGGAUGUCAGGAGGGAGAUUCAGAUUAUGCAUCAUUUGGCCGGUCAUAAGAAUAUUGUUACCAUCAAGGGUGCUUACGAGGAUUCGCUUUAUGUCCAUAUUGUUAUGGAGCUUUGUUCCGGAGGUGAGCUGUUUGAUCGGAUUAUCCAGAGAGGUCAUUAUACCGAGAGGAAGGCCGCUGAGUUGACCAAAAUUAUCGUUGGCGUUGUCGAAGCUUGUCAUUCUCUUGGGGUUAUGCAUAGAGAUCUCAAACCUGAAAACUUUCUCUUGGUCAAUAAAGACGAUGAUUUCUCUCUUAAAGCCAUUGACUUUGGCCUCUCCGUUUUCUUCAAACCAGGUCAAGUUUUCACGGAUGUAGUUGGCAGCCCAUACUAUGUGGCUCCUGAGGUUCUCCUCAAGCAUUAUGGGCCCGAAGCAGAUGUGUGGACCGCCGGUGUCAUACUUUAUAUAUUGCUCAGUGGUGUGCCACCGUUUUGGGCAGAGACCCAGCAAGGUAUAUUUGACGCAGUCUUGAAGGGACAGAUAGAUUUUGAAUCGGAUCCGUGGCCUUUAAUAUCGAAUAGUGGGAAAGAUCUUAUUAGAAAGAUGCUGUGUUCUCGGCCUGCAGAUCGCUUGACUGCCCAUGAAGUUUUAUGUCAUCCUUGGAUAUGUGAAAAUGGCGUUGCCCCUGACAGAGCAUUGGAUCCUGCUGUUCUUUCUCGUCUCAAACAGUUUUCUGCAAUGAAUAAGCUAAAGAAGAUGGCUUUGCGGGUGAUUGCUGAAAGUCUAUCGGAGGAGGAAAUUGCUGGUUUGAGAGAAAUGUUUCAGGCUAUGGAUACUGAUAGCAGUGGUGCAAUCACUUUUGAUGAACUCAAAGCUGGUCUAAGAAGAUAUGGGUCUACCCUUAAGGAUACAGAAAUACGUGAUCUUAUGGAAGCGGCUGACGUGGACAACAGUGGAACUAUAGAUUAUGGGGAGUUUAUUGCUGCAACAGUUCAUCUCAACAAACUGGAGCGUGAGGAGCAUCUUGUUGCAGCAUUCCGAUAUUUUGACAAGGAUGGAAGUGGUUAUAUUACAGUUGAUGAACUUCAACAAGCUUGUGCAGAACAUAACAUGACUGAUGUUUUUCUUGAAGAUAUUAUCAAGGAAGUUGAUCAAGAUAACGAUGGAAGGAUUGAUUAUGGUGAAUUUUCUGCCAUGAUGCAAAAAGGCAAUGUUGGGGUUGGUAGGAGGACUAUGCGCAACAGUUUGAAUUUGAGCAUGAGGGAUGCACCUAGUAGCUUUUAGUUGUGCUCAUUAUGUGCAGGUUGUAUACAGAAAAGCCAGAAAGAGGAAGCAUAAAAAAAACUGGGGAUUGUGGAUGCUCCUGCAUGAGCGAGCACUCAUCAAGUGUGAUAAUUGUGUUGUAUUGUGUCUGUAUCUGUGUAAACUAAUUCUUGCAGCUAUUUUGAGUUGGUCUGUUAUUUAUCUCUGCUUUUUAUAUAGGGGCAUUCUGUUUAUAGUAGAAGGAUUUUGAUUUUUCGCAUGUAAAGUUUCACACACAAAAACAUUAUGUAUUGCCUCAACUGAGAAGCGUAUUUGGUUUCUGUAGGAGCACAUCAAGUGACAAUGGAAACAUGUUAUAGUUUUUUUGCUAUUA